AUGGCCUCCCUUGCCUCCAGUCUCUUUGAAACUCCUUGCCUUCCUCCACUAAAGAAAUCCUUUCUCUUUUCACAACUCUUCAAACUCGACUCUUUGAAAGCUGUUGCAAAACUUCAGGAAAUUCUAGAUCUGCAAGAUGCUAAGCAGAAACUCACCCGUGACAUUCGGUCCAAAGAUUCUGCAAUGCUUGCCUUUGCCAACAAACUUAAAGAAGUCGAGCGGGUUCUUGACAUCCUUGUAGACGAUUACUCUGAUUAUUGCCAUGCCAAAUGUUCAAAGUUUGAGGAUGAUACAGACAACUCUUGUACCAUAACUGUUUCAACUCAGCUAAAUUUAUCUGAUAUUUUGUCAUAUUCCCAUAGGAUAAGCUACACAACUUUUGCGCCACCAGAAUUUGGUGCUGGUCAGGCUCCUCUCCGUGGGGCACUCCCACCUGCUCCACAGGAAGAGCAAAUGCGUGCAUCUCAAUUAUACAGCUUUGCUGAUCUAGACGUUGGUUUACCCAAGUCCAUCGAAAGUAAGGAGAAAACAAUUGAGCCACUCAUCGAAAUAGCAGCUAUGCAACCGACAGAAUCCAAUCCACUUGCUAAUCUGCCUGCACUUCAGGCCCUGAUUCCUCCAAAUAUUGUGGUACCAUCAGGAUGGAAACCUGGGAUGCCUGUGGAGUUGCCUAGUGAUAUACCUAUUCUUCCUCCGCCUGGAUGGAAGCCUGGUGAUCCAGUUGCAUUGCCCCCGUUGGAUUUUCUUCCUGUUCCUUAUAGGAUCGAAGAACAACAACCACGAUCCAUCCCUGCUUAA